CACCCACACCCACCCUAUGUCCAUUUCUUGCUCGGAAACAGAUUUCUUCAGUCAAAAAUGGUUCAAUCCAACGCAGUUUAAUGCACUUAUUGCGAAUAUACUAGUUUUCUCGAUCAAAAUUUUUUUCUCAGAGCCAGAAACAUUGAAAAAUAUAUGAACAAUCUAGGUUUUUUUGGAAACCCAAAAUUUUAUGUGGGUCCAUUGUUAAUUUUACGAGACUAGCUGCUCGAACCAUACUGUAAAAAAAAUAAUUUUUCUAUCAGAUGUUAAACGUGCAAAUUAAAAAAUAUUUUUUUCUAUUAUGUAGAGCUCGGCUUUGAGACUCAGAAGAUGUACUUGAUUUGUCUGUCGAAUAGUUUUAUUUUGUCAGGUAUCAAUUUCCUAGGUGACAUCACGAUUUUCUGACUAAUUUUUGGGCUACCGGUUUAUCAAGUAUCGAUAGAUAGAUGGAUGGGACUGUCUGUAGCGUUAGAAAGAAGCAGCAGGAGCUUGUGAGAUAAGUGACAAGAAAACUUUGGACAUCGACAGUAUUUUAGUCCAUAUUGAUAAAUCUAUUCGUAUCUAAAUAGCAUAUCAAUGAAAUAGCUACAAAACAAAUAGUUCUUCUUCAUGGCGAAGAACAAUUAGUACGAUGGAGUGAUAUUAUUUGAUAUAUUCUAACAUAUUUUCAUGUUCGAGAUCUUGGUAAUGUAAGUGGUCAACGUGCUGAUCAAAUUGCUUGUAUUGAUAAUCUUAUUCUAACACAAAAUAAAAUAAAUAUCUAUCGUGAUGCUUAUGCCUACUGGCAAACAAUAGGUACAUUAAAUGAAUUAGAAAAUGAUUAUUAUGAAUUAUUACUAGGUCCUAUAGAAAAACAACCAAAAAUUGAAGAAUUAUUUCAAUUAAGACAUAUUUGA